CGUACGGUUCGUCUCUCUCUUCAUCUCUAUCUCGCGUCCCUCGCGUCGAAGUUGAAGGAGGUAUAGCGACCAUCCGGUUGAUCGGGUCAACACUCAAGUCCGUGUUGCAUUGUAGAUGCCUUGGCAAGACGAGAGAAUAAAUGUGGACAACAGUAGCACUAGCGAACUUCAUGCGAUCCAGAGCGCUGGGAGCAGAGGCUGGGGAGCAGAGGCUGGGGAGCAGGCCCAAGCCCUGUUCUUGGGUUCGACGGGACCAUGUAACGCUGCUCUCUGCACCUAUACUGCACUGUAACUAUUUCGCAUGUUGGGGUUUUGUUGGAAACAGGCAGUACUCAGUACUCCGGACGUUUUGCCCUCGCACUCGACCACUUUUCGUGACAAGGGCUCGGCGGGGAAGGGCCAAAGGCAGCGAGAAAUGUCGGGGGUUUUCCGUGAUGGCGAGAGGGGGCCACUUUGGAUGUCAGCCUGAUAAGACUGAGUGGGAAAGAUCUACGCUGUCGAGGAGUUGCAAGACCCUGCCUAGGUCUCAAUGCGGCCUCAAUAGGCGAAGAUUGUGGAGAAUGAGCAGUUGGAUUUGGUGGUCCACCAGUUGACCGUAGUAUGACUGUCCGAACUGUAGGUGUGGUCAAUUUCAGAAUGGAGGUAU